CGAAUUGCCACCCCAAUUCGCCAAGUCUGCCCGCCUCAUGUCCCUGAACUUAUAAUCCUAGACUUCCUAGUUAGUCGAAAAUAGACGGAAAAAGCUUCCCGACCUCGGCCGUCUAUAUGGAAGAAACCGUUGGUAACGGAACUCAUGGUGGUCAGCCCGUUUCCAAAGAAGACUCCGGAAAGAUGCUAUACGGAUGUGAUCACUAUAGGAGACGGUGCAAACUCCGCGCCCCUUGCUGCAACGAGGUUUUUACCUGCCGCCAUUGUCACAACGAAGCUAAGAGCGGGUUGACCAAUCCCAAGGAAAACCACGAACUAGUUCGCCAUGAUGUCAAGCAGGUGGUUUGUGCUGUGUGUGAUACUGAGCAACAGGUUGCUGGAGCCUGCAUGAAGUGUGGGGUCAAAUUUGGACAGUAUUUCUGCAGAAUUUGUAUAUUUUAUGAUGAUGAUACAACGAGGAAUCAGUUUCAUUGUAAUGAAUGUGGGAUCUGUAGGUGAGUGUGUUACAUUAUCUUCCUUGGCCAAUCAGGUGCCCUUGUAUAAGGGUGGGAGGCUCUGAAAAUUUUUUUCACUGCCAAAAGUGUGGCUCUUGCUAUGCGGUCAAUCUGCGAGAUAAUCAUGUGUGUGUCGAGAACUCUAUGAAGAAUCACUGCCCAAUUUGCUAUGAGUUUCUGUUUGACUCCGUGAAAAGCACAAGAAUUAUGACAUGUGGACAUACAAUGCAUAUGGAUUGCUACAGUGAGAUGGUAGCUAAGAACCAGUAUCGGUGUCCAAUCUGCAGCAAGUCAGUGCUCAACAUGUCCCGUACAUGGGAAACAUUAGAUCAGGAGAUUGAAGCCACAGUCAUGCCUGAGGAAUAUCGAUAUGAAGUUCGGAUACUUUGCAACGACUGCAAUAACACCAGUAUAGCAAACUUUCAUGUUAUUGGCCACAAGUGUCGGCAUUGCAAUUCAUACAACACCCGCAAGCUAGCAGCAGGGCAAAAUGGUCAAUGACCACCUCCUUAUUCGGUUGCUCGUAGAAAUUGGGUGUGGAUGCCUCUUUGCUCUUAUAGUAAAAAAAUAGUUUCUUCUUGCAUAUCAGUCUCCUAACCUCUCUAUAUGAGAUGUAUUGCACCACAAGCCAAUUAUGCAUAAUCGAGCAACUUUUAUGCAUCACCACAUUACUAUAGAGAAACUCCACAUCAUUAUAUGUGCCAAAGAUUCUGCUUAUUCAAUCAAUAGUCGAAAGAUUCUGUUAAUUAUUGUGUAAUAAAAGAAAGAUAAC